AUGGGUGCCGAGGCCGCGGGGAGCGGGCCGGCGCUGCGGGAACUCGUGCGCGAGGCUGAGAUCAGCCUGCUCGAGUGCAAGGUGUGCUUUGAGAGGUUCGGCCACCGCCAGCAGCGGCGCCCGCGCAACCUGGCCUGCGGCCACGUGGUCUGCCUGGCCUGCGUGGCCGCCUUGGCGCACCCGCGGACACUGGCCUUGGAGUGCCCCUUCUGCCGGCGAGCCUGCCGGGGCUGCGACACCAGCGACUGCCUGCCGGUGCUGCACCUCCUGGAGCUCCUGGGCUCCGCGCUUCGCACGGCCCCGGCCGCGCACUGCGCCGCCCCCUGCGGCCCCGGGACCCUCACCUGCCACCACGCCUUCGGCGGCUGGGGGACCCUAGUCAACCCCACCGGGCUGGCGCUGUGUCCCAAGACGGGGCGAGUCGUGGUGGUGCACGACGGCAGGAGGCGGGUCAAGAUCUUUGACUCCGGGGGAGGAUGUGCUCAUCAGUUUGGAGAGAAGGGAGACGCUGCUCAGGACAUUAGGUACCCACUUGAUGUCACCGUCACCAACGACUGCCACGUGGUUGUCACCGAUGCCGGCGACCGCUCCAUCAAAGUGUUUGAUUUUUUUGGCCAGAUCAAGCUUGUCAUUGGAGGCCAGUUCUCCUUACCUUGGGGUGUGGAGACCACCCCUCAGAAUGGGAUCUUGGUAACUGAUGCGGAGGCAGGGUCCCUGCACCUCCUGGAAGUCGACUUUCCUGAAGGGGUCCUUCGGGGAACUGAAAGGUUGCAAGCUGAUCUGUGCAGUCCCCGAGGGGUGGCUGUGUCUUGGCUCACCGGGGCCAUUGCGGUCCUCGAGCGCCCCCUGGCUGUGGGGCCCGGCGCCUGCAGCACGACGGUGAAGGUGUUCAACGCGAGUGUGCAGCUCAUCGGCCAGGUGGAUACGUUUGGACUGAGCCUUUUUUUCCCCUCUGAAAUAACUGCCUCCGCUGUGACCUUUGACCACCAGGGGAAUGUGAUUGUUGCGGAUACUUCUAGUCAGGCUGUCCUAUGCUUAGGAAAACCGGAAGAGUUUCCCAUACUGAAGCCCAUCAUCACCCAUGGUCUUUCCCAUCCUGUAGCACUGACCUUCACCAAGGAGAAUUCCCUUCUUGUGCUGGACAGUGCAGCCCAUUCUAUAAAAGUCUAUAAGGUGGACUGGGGGUGACCGGGUGUGGUGGGGGUCCUGGGGCCUGCAAUCAGGAUCCCUGGAGCUACCACUAAUGAAUUGUUUAACCCCGGAUAAAUUACUUAAUCUCAUCUGUCCAGCAGGGAUAAUUAUAACUGCCUGGCAAACUUACAAAGG